CCACAGUUCGCCCACCUAAGUGAUGAUGAUCGGACGCAGUUUAGAUGGAGUUAUGCCGAGGGACUUGGCUCAUACUCCUCUAGGAAGCCGUGUGGCGCUCUGAUUAAAUACUCCAACACCCACAAGCUCGGAGUCGCUCUAGCACGUUGUUCGUGUUAGUCCUCGAGUUCCCUCGUCUCCCCCAUCAUCGCCACUCACAAAAUGUUCCUCACUAGGGCCAUAAAAUGGCUCGGUUUGGGUUCACUGACGCUCCAGUCUGGAGCCCUGGCGUCAGGAAAACCCAACAUCAUCAUGGUCCUGACCGAUGAUCAAGAUGUCCACAUGCAUUCUCUUGACUACAUGCCUUUUGUACAGAAGUAUCUGAUCAACGAGGGAACGACCUUCACCAGACAUUAUUGCACAAUCGCCGUGUGCUGCCCGUCGCGAGCCAGCUUGCUUACUGGAAUGGCCGCACAUAACACGAAUGUGACGGACAUCUUGAUGCCGUAUGGUGGAUAUCCGAAAUGGGUCGCUGAGGGUCUCAACGAUGACUACCUUCCCCUGUGGCUUCAAGAAGCAGGUUACUCGACCUACUAUGUUGGGAAGCUGUUCAAUCAGCACGACGUAUCCAACUAUGCCGACUUCCCAGCAAAGGGCUGGACCCAAUCAGACUUUAUUCUGGAUCCAUAUACGUACGAAUAUGAGAAUGCCCAUUUCACGCGGAACGGGGAGAAGCCGGUCAGCUACAAAGGCCAAUACUCCCCCGACGUCACGGCGGACAAAGCAUAUGACUUCCUCGACCAGGCACUUGAGGAUGACGAUCAGCCAUUCUUCCUGAGCAUUGCCCCCAUCGCGCCACACGCAAACAUGGUCAUAGAGCCGUAUUCGGGUACUCCGCCCAAGUAUGCGGCGCGCCACGCCCAUCUGUUCAAAGACUACAAGAUUCCAAGGACAGAGAAUUUCAACCCAGAUGAACCGAGCGGCGUGUCCUGGAUCUCGCAGCUGCCGAAGCUGAACGAUUCCGUCAUCGAAUACAACGACGAGUACCAACGCUGCAGGCUUCGGUCCUUGCAAGCCGUUGACGAAAUGGUGGAAGGCGUAGUGAAACGGCUCGAGGCCGCAGGCCAGCUCGAGAACACGUACAUCUUCUACACGACGGACAACGGCUACCACAUCUCGCAGCAUCGGAUGCACCCAGGAAAGGAAUGCGGUUUUGACACCGACAUCAACAUCCCCAUGAUAGUCCGGGGUCCGGGGGUCGAGCGCGGCGUCAAAUCCCACGCCGUAACAGCCCACAGCGAUCUCGCGCCCACCUUCCUGCAUCUCGCCGGGGCGGCCCCCAGGCCGAGGAUCGACGGCAGCGCCAUGCCCCUAGUAAAGGGGGACGAAGGCAAGACAGAGCACGUGAACAUCGAGUUCUGGGGCAACGCGGCCGGAGAAGGGAAAUACGGGUUCAGCGGGGAAUGGGGGGUCAUCAACGGGACGGUCAACGGCUACCAAAACAACACCUACAAGGGCCUCCGGCUCAUCGGCGAGGGCGCCAACCUGUACUACUCGGUGUGGUGCACGAACGAGCACGAGCUCUACGACGUCGGCGCGGACCCGGGCCAGGUACGCAACCUCUUCGACCCGAGGCACGGCCUGCUCGCGAGCCGGUUCUCCGUCGCCGGCCGCGGUCUCGAGGCCGUCGUCACGAGGCUGGACGCCCUCAUGAUGGUCCUCAAGAGCUGCCGCGGCGACAGCUGCCGCGAUCCGUGGGCGGUUAUCCACCCGGGCGAAUCCGGGGUGAGGAGCCUGGCUGACGCCCUUGGCGCCGACUUCGACGAGUUUUACCAAGGCCAGCCUAAGGUGAGGUUUGAUAGGUGCGAGCUCGGGUACAUCAGGGGAUCGGAGGGGCCACAGGACGUGCAGAGUUACAGAACUGGAGGGAAUGGCGGCAUUGCUGGAGAGAGUGACCAAGUCCCUUUCCUCCGGCAUGACUGGAGCUCAUGGGUUUGA